AUGAACACUAUUAUCUACUUCGUUGCCUUUGCCGGCAUCGUACUCAGCGCUCCCAAUUUUAUGGAUGAACACCGCGGUCGCGGCAACGGAGGCCUUAGGGGAUUAUUUAUGCCGCCAUUCCUCCGCAAUGUGACCUGGGAAGCCAAGAAGGAGUACUACAAGAUUGUCUUCAACAAGAACGAGACAAUCGCUGAGCAAAAGAAGGACGUGCUGGAAUGGGCCAAGAAGUACGACGUUGAGAUGAAGUAA